AUGAACUCCUCUUCGCCACCCUCUACCCCCGCUGACGUCAACGAAAUCAUCUUUGAAAUUCCCGACGCCAUCCGCAUUUACCGGAGCGGCCGCGUGGAGCGCCUCACACCCCCCGACGAGCUCGUCCCCCCGUCCCUCGAUCAACCAACCGGCGUCCAAUCCAAAGACGUCCCCAUCAACCCCGCCACCGGCCUCUCCGCGCGCCUCUACCUUCCCCCGUCCCCUCCCACAACCCCAAAAAAGCUCCCUGUUCUCCUCUCCAUCCACGGCGGCGGCUUCUUCCCCACAACCCCAAAAAAGCCCCCUGUUCUCCUCUCCAUCCACGGCGGCGGCUUCUGCCUCAUACGCGCCUCCUCCUCGCGCUACCACGCCCACCUCAACUCCCUCACCGCCAGAGCCGGAAUCCUCUCCGUCUCAGUUGAUUACCGCCUCGCGCCCGAAAACCCUCUCCCGGCCGCCUACGAUGACUGCUGGGAAGCCCUGGAAUGGGUUCUCGCCGUCUCCGAUCCUUGGCUGUCUGAAUUUGGCGAUUUGGACAACAUUUUCGUUGCAGGGGAUAGCGCAGGGGCGAACAUAGUGCACAACGUGGGAAUGAGGCUUGGGAGAGAGGGGAAGGAGGUGGAAGGACUGGUGAUGGUGCAUCCUUUCUUUUGGGGGAAGGAUAGGAUUGGAAAUGAAGGGAUGGGAGAAAGGGGGAAAGGGGAAAGCUUGAAGGUGAAGGAUGCCGAUGCGCUGUGGCCUGUCGUGUGUCCAGAGACGACGGGGCUUGACGACCCGAGGAUCAAUCCCGUAGCGGUGGAUGCGCCGAGCCUGGCUGCGUUGGGGUGCCGGCGAGUGUUGGUGUGCGUCACGGAGCUGGAUUUGUUGAGGGAUAGGGGUAGGCUUUACUACCGGAGGUUGAAGGAGAGCGGGUGGGAAGGGGAAGCAGAGUUUUUUGAGUCGGAGGGUGAGGAUCAUUGUUUUUACUUUAAGAAGCCGGAGAGCUCCGAGGCGGAGGAGAUAAUGGAGCGGCUCGCCAACUUCUUCAACAAAUCUAAACCGUCAACGUAUUUAAAUUUUGCAUGAUAA